CGUCGUAGUGGUCACGUCGACGUACGCCGCUUGAAAAUUUUCCAAGUUAAGUUUCGGCUCUUUCAGUACAGUUUACCGAUGUGUUUCCAGAAGUACAGACGCUAUGGAUCAAUUUUACCUAGAAAAAUGGGGUCGGAAUUGGAGACAAGUGUACGGUGCCAUCGAACAAAGCGAUGAAGUCAAAAUUCAGAGCCUUCUCGGCAAUACGCCUGUAUUACUAUACAGAGAUAAAAACAACAACACGUUACUGCACUUAUCUGCCAGAAUCGGCAAUUAUACACUGACACAAAAAUAUAUGGAUUGUCACGGUAUCGAUCCUAACUCAAUCAAUUAUUCUGGCGAGACACCGCUUAUGCUAGCUGCCGAAUCGAACCAGCUCGAGAUAGUGAAGCUGCUCAUUGAAUACGGUGCCAACGUCCUAUGCAAGAGGAACGACGGCCGAACAGCACUCCAUUUCUCAGUCCCAUCCAACAACCCGGCCAUGUUAAACCUGCUCAUCGACCAAGACAAGGACCAAUCCUGAAUAUGAUGGACUGGCG